AUGAAGCCACCCUCGUUUAAAGGAGGAAUCGAACAAAUGAAGGCUGAGGCAUGGGUGUUGGGGAUCGAAAAGUUGUUCGAAGUCUUUCCUUGUACUCAAGUCCAAAAGGUGCAGCUUGCUGCGUCCACUCUUGAAGAUGAAGCACGGAGGUGGUGGAUGCUUACCAGGACAGUGCACCAGGGAUUAACAUGGGAUAGAUUCUUGGAGCCAUUUUAUGAUAAAUAUUUUCCCCAGAGUAUGCGAGGCAAGAAGGUGACCGAAUUCGAAACAUUGAGACAAGGAAAUAAAACUGUUGCUGAAUAUGAAGCUCAAUUCGCGGAACUAGCCCAGUUUGCACCUCACAUGGUGGAUACAGAAUAUAAGAAGGCGCGAAAAUUUGAAGGAGGAUUGCGGGGUACUAUUCUGGACCGAGUUAAUGUGUUGAAGUUGCCUACCUAUGUGGAUGUGUUAGAAAGGGUUGUUAUUGCAGAAGGGAAUAUUGCUGCUCAGACUCGGAUUUCCGAAUGGAAAGGAAAGAAGCAGAACAAUCAAUGGGUUAAAGGGUCAAGUACUCCACCAAACAAGAAGCAAAAUUCAGGGACCUCCAGCACUACUACUCCUACUCAAAAUUCAGCUCCUGUGUCCAGAAUGUGGAAUGAGACACCGUGGAAUCUGUCACCGAUUGUCUGGAGCAUGCUUCCGGUGUGGUAA